AUGGCCAAUGCCUUAAACAUGGCCAUAGAAAAAUCAGCUGAAGGGUGUCAGCAAAGGGAGGGGCUCUCCAUCCUAACCCAGAAGCCCAUUCUGCGUUCGCUACUGCGCCAUUUGACUGCAGCACGUCUGGGCCCCGGUUUAUUGCGGCUGAACAGUCCUUGUCGCCAAGGUUCCCGACCGGCUUCCGCUGCCGCGGCUUCCUGCGUGCCGCCUCCGUGGCCCCGCCCCGGCCGCGCCACCGGCGCUGUCACUGCAGUCCUUGUCGCUGCCGGUAGCCUGUCGCUUGUCUCCGUAGCCGCCGCAGCCGCCGCCGCCGCCGCCGCCGCCACCGCCGCCGCCGCCGCCGCCGCCACCGCCGCCGCCGCCGCCGCCGCCACCGCCCGGGCCUUCGCAGCCGCCUUCAGAGCGUCCAUCAUAAUUCUUCAACUGGAAGAUAUCAAUGGAGAUAUUGGAGAGGAAUGGGACAAGAGAAGGAGGAGAUCAUGGCAGGAAGAAGAGAAAAGUGGAAGUAGAUAAGGGAGAGAAAAAGGGUGAAAUCAUUUUUCAUCUGUACAUCACAGCUGGUCUCAAGGCCAGGAUGAGAUGACGAGAGACUGGCUACAGUAGCAGCAGCAGCAAAGUUUGCUAAAGAAGUCAUACAAGAGCACUUAGAAGUUGUAUGCAGAAGGGUCAGGAAUUCAACGUUAUACUUGGCCACAACAAGUUAUGGAGACUAGCCUGGGGAACUUGCAAACCUGUCUCAAAAAUAAAUGGGGACUGGAGAUGAGGUUAAGAACAUUUGCCACUGUUUCAGAGGAUGUGGGUUCUGUUCCCAUCAACCAUAUGCCUCUUUACAAACAUUUUUUAGUUCUAAGGGGUUCUGUGCUUUCUUCUG